AUGUCAAUCUCACAACCGACCCUGAAACUUCGUCACCCUUUUUAUGUCAUUCACAAAGACGCUGGAGUAGAAGUUCACACGCCGACUAAUUCCCACAUUUUUCCCACAUCUCAAAAUUGUUUAGUUGAAGAAAGUCAAGAACUCAUAAUUCUUCAAAACGCCUCGACUCUCGAAAUUUAUGAUUACAACUUAACUAAAAAGUACGAUCUUAAGAUUGAAUAUAUUGACCGUCUCACAUUGUCAAAAAAAUAUCUCCACAUUCUUCAAGUUCCACCAGCUUCAAAUAAAGAGGGUUUUGUUCGGGAACCGACAAUGUAUUAUCUCUUAGAUCUCAAAAAAGAUUGUUAUAAUCUCAUCUUUUCACGCAAAUUACAGAGCAUCCCGUCGGCUUGGCCAAUUUGCUCCUUUAAAAACAAUAUUAUCGCACUCCCAGAUCAAUCUGGCGUGUCAUAUUUUAAUUAUAACCCUUUCCUUAAAACGGAAUUUACUAAAACUCAAGUCAACACAUCACAAAUCGAUCACGAUGACUUGAUCGGGGUCAAAUUCAUCGAAUUCUCACCUAUAUCGGACGAUUUGCUCUUCGCCGCAUUUUUCCCUGAAAAACAACGAUUUCCCGCUUCCAUCGAGUUGUACUCAAAACAAAUUGGCAAAAAGGCGCAAUUAAUUAACACGAUCUCCUCAUUGAACGGGACUUCAGUGAUAUUCAAAUGGUGUCCGAUGGGGCAUUUAGUGCUUGCUAUAACAUCGACAGAGUUUGAUGAAACGGGGCAUUCGUAUUAUGGUCAAUCUUCCCUCUAUUCACUAUUUGUUCCUAACAUUUCGGGAAAACCGCCACAAUUUGUCCCUAAUCCCAAAGUUUUCAAAAGCCCGACGAAUAACAUAUACACACGAGCGUUAGUAAUGGCGCAGUAUCAAGACGCACAAUUCUCCCCAUCCGGAGACACAUUGAGUAUCAUCAGUGGCCUUCAGCCAGCUGAGGUGUCGGUCUUGUCGACAUUGAGUUUUGACGAACUUUUUCAUCGUCAAAACGUCUUUGCGAAUUCCUCAAUUUUUUCGUUCAACUCACAAUUUCUUGCAAUUGGAGGAUUUGGGAAUCUUCCUGGUGACGUGGAGAUUUUUGAAACAAAAAGUUUUUUGAGAGUUGCGAAAUUUUCGUCACAGUGCACAACAGAGUGGAUGUGGAGCAACGACAACGCCUCAAUUAUUUGCGCCCACUGCUGGCCAAGAAGACAUUUUGACAACAAGAUUGAAAGAUUCGGAAUAGAUGGGGAACUGAUUGAAAAAAUUGAAGUUGUGCCAAGAGGAAUUACCGUGUUUGGGGAAAAGGAAAUGAGAGAUUUGGUGUUCAAAUUCAUCGAGUAUAAGGACGAGGGUGCAAUCUACGUUACACCAAAGAAGAAAUAA